AUAUGAAACGGAAGUGUGAGGAAAAAUGGGAGAGCGAGAAGGAGAAGAAGGCAAUAAAAUCCAUGUCCUUGUGGUACCUCUCUCCGACGGGCAAGGCCACAUCAAUCCAAUCCUCCAAUUCUCCAAACGCCUCGCCUUCAAAGGCCUCACAGUGACUCUUCUCAACAUUCUCCGCCACAAUAAUAAUAAUGAACAACACCAACACCAUUCACACUCCUCCAUUCAUGUGGAGCAUCGCCCUCGCCUCCCCUACCAAGGCCCCCAACCAGAAUCCAUGGACUCCCACAUGGCCCGCCUCCGCGCCUCCAUUUCCUUCCACAUAACCGACCUCGUCGCUCGCCAUCGCACCUCCCCCGCCCCCGUUCGCUGCCUCAUCUACGACUCCAUCAUGCCUUGGGUUCUCGACGUUGCCAAGGGUCUUGGAGUCUUUGGAGCUYCCUUCUUCACCGAGUCGUGUGCUGUCAAUGCGAUUUUCUAUCAUCUCUCCUGUGGUUCGUUCACGAUCCCGGUCGACCCUAGCUUUGCGUUGGCCUUGCCUGCUCUCCCGCCUCUCCGCGUCUCUGAUCUUCCUUCGUUGGUUUCUAGUCCCGAUCGGUAUUCGGGAUUCCUCGACUUCAUGGUCGACCAGUUUUCAAACCAACCUGAUUGGAUGUUCAUCAACACUUUUAAUAGCUUGGAGCCACAGGUGAUUGAGUGGAUGCAAAGCCAUACGUCACUCAAAACAGUGGGACCAACCGUUCCAUCUACAAUAACAGACAAGCGACUGACAGAGGAUCAUGAAUACGGAAUUAGUCUAUUCAAAUCAAGCGAAGACGACUCCAAAAUCAUGGAGUGGCUGGACUCUAAAGACAGGAACUCUGUCAUUUACAUGUCAUUUGGAAGCGUAACAAAGCUGGGAGGGGAGCAGUUGGAGGAGCUGGCAUUGGGGCUAAAAGCAACCAAAGCAACGUUUCUGUGGGUCUUGAGGGAUUCUGAAAUCCCAAAGCUUCCAACAAACUUUCUUGAAGAGAUGGAGGAGAAGGGUAGGGUGGUGAAUUGGUGCCCCCAACUCCGAGUCUUGGGCCACGAGUCGGUGGGAUGUUUCGUUACGCACUGCGGUUGGAACUCGGUUUUGGAAGCCCUCAGUUUGGGGGUUCCAAUGGUGGCGAUGCCGCAGUGGGCGGACCAGACGACGAAUGCCAAGUUUGUGGAGGACGUGUGGAAGGUGGGCGUGAGAGUCAGUCCCAUGAAAAAUGGCGUAGUUGGAAGAGAAGAGAUAGAGCUGUGUAUUAAGGGAGUGAUGGAGGGAGAGAGAAGCGUUGAGAUGAGAGAAAAUGCGAACAAGUGGAUGAAGUUGGCGAGGGAAGCUGUGGAUGAAGAUGGAACCUCUGAUAAAAACAUUGAUGAGUUUGUGGCGCAACUUACUAAUGCUACGACGGCGGCGACAAAGACGUGGUGGUCGUCGGAAAAGGGUAGGAGAAAGAGACAGGAAGAUAUGAGGAGAUAGAGAGAAAGUAUCAUCACCUAUACAUAUAUUAUUUAAUUAAUAAUUUGUCAUAUUAGCAACUACAAUAAAUAAUUUAAUUGCAAUUUGCCACGUCAUUUUAAUAUUAUUUAAUUAACAGUAAAAGUAAAAUCGAGACCAUUUGAGAACUAUUUCUCAAAUUUCAGGGACCAAAAGUGUUCAUUUUGAAACUUGAGUGAUCAAAUUGACACUUAAUUUAAACCUUAAAACCAAACAGGUUCAUUUUGAAACUUCAGGGACCAAGUAGACACGUACCUCAAACCUGAGGGACCAAAAACGUUCAUUUUGAAACUUCAGGGACCAAGUAGACACGUACCUCAAACCUGAGGGACCAAAAACGUUCAUUUUGAAACUUCAGAGACCAAAUAGACACCUACCUCAAACCUGAGGUACCAAAAAUGUAUUUUGCCAUUUUUAUUUUCUAUACUUGUCGAAACAUAUGCUUCAAUCCACAAMAACAAUAUAACGUUUUCAACAUUUUUUCAAUUAUAUUAUUUUUGUUCGUUCAAUGUUAAAAGUUAGUUCAUAAUAAAAUUACAUAGCAUGUUAUUUAGUGAAUUGUCAAAAGGCAAAGAAAAAGAAGUAGACAACUURAGAGAAGAAACUUAAUGUGAGAUGCCGUAUAAAUUGUAGUUUUUUUUCUCUGAAGUGAAUUAAUUUCUCCUCUAAA